AUGGGUAGUACAUGCAAAAAUAUUUGUAAACCAUAAUUAGCAGAAAAAGAAUUAAAUAUUAAUGUUGUGAAAAAAGCAAAGUCAAAAAAGUAACAACAACAACAUUCAAAUGGAGAUUCCAAGACUGAUCCAUAUUGCUCAUCUCAGUUGUUGAUCAAGGAGGAAUCCAUUGGAGAUGAGUCUAAAAUUAGUCAAACUUUGAAGGAUCAGCCACAAUUCGUUAAGACAAAGCAAAUCAAUAGUAUUGCUAUUCCAACUGAUAGAAAAAAUAGAUUCUUAAAUGAUUAAGAGUAGGAAGUCAAGUAUUUGAUCAAGCAAAAUUUGCUAAAAGACCAAGAAGAACUUAAAUAACUGCAAAUAGAGUUUGAAAAGCAAAAGUAAUUACAAUAAGAGGAAAAAGAUAGAUAGGAAAGAGAAAUGGAGAAAACCUAAUAGGAGCUUGAAAAUCAAUUUUCCUUCUAAAACUCAAUCAAACAGACUUAGAUCGAAUAAACAUAUGUUUAAAACACCUCUAAUCCUUAUUUACCAAGGUAAACUUCUUAAUUUGCACCUAAAAAGGCAGAUUGUGACACUGUUUCUCAAAAAUCUCAAAUUUCCAAAGCGCCAACAAUACCUUUAAAAGAUUAAUAAGUUUCGCCCAAAAGUGAUAUGAUGAGAAAAAGUGCUUUAAAAAAGAGUAAGUAAAGCAAAGAAGAAGUAGCAAGUAAUAAUGCAAGUAUUGGUACUCCUAAAAAUGAGACAAAAAAGAAGUAUUAAUAGGAUACCUUUGAUAAAAUGUUUAGUGAAUGUUCUUUUGAUGAACGAAGUUAGAGUGGAAGUCACAAAACAGUAAAGAGUGUGAAAAGCAUAUUAAAAAAAAAUAGAUCCUUUUCUUAAAGAAGCAUUUCUAUGGGAAAGAAUUCUAUUUAAUCAAGUCAUACAGUGUUUAAAAUGAAAUAAACUAAAAAAGUUCGAUUUUCUAAUGAUACUAAUUUUAAUAAUGAGAGAAAAGGAGUUCCAAAACUAAAGAGAAAUUGGUGGGAAUUCUGA